AUGAAGAUAGACGAAGAUGAUUUGGGUCCUGAUCGUGAGGUUGAGUUCCAGACUGAUGAUGAAGAAAACCUAGCGGAUAGGGUUUUCGAACAUUUAAGCUCGGAGACCGAUUCAGAAAGUUCUGAACCUAAUUUUUCCAACGACAUUGACGACGACGUCGGCAGUCCCGCGUGGCCUCAAACCUAUCGGCAAUCUAUGGACAUGUUGACCAGUGUAACACCACCUUCAAUGAGUUUGCUAAGGCAAUUAAGUAUAUCAAGUCGAUCAGUUACUUCUUGUACUGCACCAUCCAAGAGGCAUCGGAAUGAUGAUUCUGAUUUAAACACAGCCUUCAUUCCUGAAACAAUCUCAUUGAUACAAGAGGAGCCUAGCUUCAGUAACCGCAGGAUGUCUCGACUAUCUAGCUGCUCUAAAUUUUCUAGUUGUGAAUUUCCACCUCCUUUAGAGCAAUCUUCAUUAGCACAGUCAAUCCUUAAUGGAGCCAAUGUACUGUGUGGAAUAGGACUUCUUACAACACCUUAUGCGGUAAAAGAAGGUGGAUGGUUAAGUCUUCUAAUACUUUUCUUGUUUGCUGUCUUAUGCUGCUAUACUGGUAUUUUGUUGAAGAGAUGUUUAGAAAGCUCUCCUGGUCUCCAUACCUACCCGGAUAUAGGGCAGGCAGCUUUUGGAAUAGCUGGUCGCCUAGGGAUUGCGGCUGCUUGUGUUGAGUUGAUAAUACUAAUGAGUGAUAACCUCUCGUCACUUUUUCCCGACGCCCACAUGAAAUUUGCCGGGAUUAAUUUGAGCAGUAAUCAAGUUUUCACCAUCGCAUCAGCUCUUUGUGUUCUGCCAACAAUAUGCUUACGAAACCUUAAACUCCUGUCGUUUCUGUCAGUUGGAGGGAUAGCUGCAUCGAUAUUGGUGACUUCUUGCUUGCUAUGGGUUGGAGUGACAGACAAAGUUGGAUUUCAUCCUGGUGGAAAGGCUAUAAACCUUGCCAAUAUACCAGUCUCAAUUGGUCUCUAUGGUUUUUGCUUUGCAGGCCACUCAGUUUUUCCAAACAUAUACUCUUCCAUGAAGGAACCGUCAAAAUUUUCAGUUGUUCUAGCAGUCAGCUUUGGCUUUUGUUUUGUUAUAUACAUAGGAGUUGCGGCAUUGGGCUAUUUAACGUUUGGUGAUUCUAUCAAAUCUCAGUUUACUUUAAGCAUGCCCAAAGAAUUGUAUGCAUCAAAUAUUGCAGCCUGGACAACUGUUGUGAACCCUUUGACAAAGUAUGCCAUCACUUUGAUGCCUGUUGCACUGAGCAUAGAGGAACUCUUGCCUUCUGCUCAGCUAAGAUGCUACUCUAUGUCUGUUCUUAUCAGAACAGUUUUAGUUUUUUCAAACUUGGUUUUCGCCCUUUCUAUUCCUUUUUUCGGGUCUAUCAUGGCAUUUAUGGGCUCUUCAAUGGCAAUGCUAAUUGCACUUAUAUACCCGUGUGCAUGUUAUCUCAAGCUACAUCAUGGCAGAUUGUCAAAAGUAGAGGUGGCAAGCUGCGUGUUUAUUAUCCUUGUGGGGGCAGUGUGCUCUGUAAUUGGCACAUAUUCAGCAGUUUCAAGAAUAGCAGAUCAGGAAGAAAAUUCUUGA